UGCCUGCUCUAUUUGCCCGGCCCCAGGGACAGAGCUGAUCCUUGAACUCUGAGUUCCACAUCGCCAGGACCAGUGAGCGGCGGCAAGGCCUGGGCUGGCCUUAUCAGCCUCCCAGCCCAUCCCCUGCCUGGUCACAUAAAUAGGCUGGGGGAGAGCUGGCUGUUCAGAGACUGCUGACCAUUGAGGUCACCCACGUCCCUUCAAGAUGAAAGCCGUGGUGCUGACCUUGGCUGUGCUCUUCCUCACCGGGAGCCAGGCUCGGCAUUUCUGGCAGCAAGAUGACCCCCAGUCAUCCUGGGAUCGGGUGAAGGAUUUUGCCACCGUGUACGUGGAUGCAAUCAAAGACAGUGGCAGAGACUAUGUGACCCAAUUUGAAGCCUCCGCUUUGGGAAAACACCUCAACCUGAAACUCCUGGACAACUGGGACAGCCUGACCAGCACGUUUGCCAAAGUGCGCGAACAGCUGGGCCCGGUGACCCGGGAGUUCUGGGACAACCUGGAGAAGGAGACAGAGUCGCUGAGGCAGGAGAUGAACAAGGACCUGCAGGAGGUGAAGCAGAAGGUGCAGCCCUACCUGGACGAAUUCCAGAAGAAGUGGCAGGAGGAGCUGCAGAUCUACCGCCAGAAGGUGGCGCCGCUGGGCGAGGAGUUGCGCGAGGGCGCGCGCCAGAAGGUUCAGGAGCUGCAGGACAAGCUGACCCCGCUGGCCGAGGAGAUGCGCGACCGCGCGCGCGCCCACGUGGAGACCCUGCGGCAGCAGCUGGCGCCUUACAGCGACGAACUGCGCCAGCGCAUGGCCGCCCGCUUCGAGAUGCUCAAGGAGGGCGGCGGCAGCCUGGUCCAGUACCACGCCAAGGCCAGCGAGCAGCUGAAAGCGCUGGGCGAGAAGGCCAAGCCCGCGCUGGAGGACCUCCGCCAGGGCCUGCUGCCCGUGCUGGAGAACCUCAAGGUCAGCAUCCUGGCCGCCAUCGACGAGGCCUCCAAGAAGCUGAAUGCCCAGUGAGAUGCCUUGGGCUCCCCUCGCCAUCAGUUCAGUUUCUUAGAAUAAGCAUUUUCGGAGCGGGACGGGUGUGAUGGGUUGUAUGUUUUUUUGAAGCUUCGAUGAUGAUUUUUAAACAAUAAAGAGUUCUCCAAAAGCCAA